UGGCGUUUGGUUGACAAGCAAUGGCGCGGAAGCAGCCGUCCGCCGAGCCGCAAGGAUAUUCUGGCGGGUUCUUUCUUCCAGCCCAGCGCUCCAUGCACUGCAAAGGCGGAUUCUUUGCCACCGACUCCAAGCCCAUGAUGGCCAUGCCCACAUCGACAAAAGCGAAGCCCUCCUCAACAUCUAACCGCGCAGAUGCCACCGCCGCCCCUGUUGAGCUGAAUCAUAGCAGCAGCAACAACCAGCAACAGAGUACGUCAGCAUCGCUUCGCCGACAAAAGCCACGAGGGAUACCCCCUUCGCGGUCCCACCUCCACCAUUCGAGGGGCGAAUGCUCGACGACUGCAGAACCGCAGAGCGAUGUCGAAUCCAACGUAAACGCAAAGUUUGAGAUGGCUUUGAAAGAGCUUCGAGAUAACAAAGGGCAAUACCAAACGUUUGGCGCCCCACAAAGUUUACGAAAUGAUAUCACGCUUGGCACAGCAACAGCGCGACCUCCCUCGUCUGGAAUUACUCAACCACCGCCUCCGACGCCGCCAGAAGUGCGCACGCCAACGCCAGAGACGGAAGGUAAUGUCCGACAUCUGUGUUGUGCUGUCGCGACCAUCCAAACCAGGAAGCGUGCCCAUCGGGGAUCACUCGCCCAGGAAAAAGCUGAAGAUCGCAGAAAUGGUUAUCCGCAAACUGUACAAGAAGAACUUGGAGCUCGAAAAAGCCCUUGCACAAGCCAAGGCAGACCUCCACAGAGCGUCCCAGCCAGCGCCCUACGAACUGCAGCUGGAGAAACCCCCAACGCUUGAAAGCGUGCGAGUGAUCGAGUUGCAAAAGGACGAAUACUUGAAGCACUUGGCGGCUGAGCAAGACAAAACAAUUCAGGAGCUCAGACGGAAACUCGAAGAGAUCCAUGGCGCCAAAGCAUCAGCUUCACCGAAAUCAGGCAAAAUAACUUCGAGUGCGGCUGUGAUUUCACGGCUGCAGAAGCGCCUGCAGGAAGCAAUCGGAGAGUCGAGCCGGCAGAAGAACAGCUACAUCAAGCUCAAGAGCGACUACAAGCGGCUUUUGCUCCAGCGCACACGCUCGAUUUCUGGGAGUUCCGAGGUGGACUCGCACGCACGAGAGUUACUCGCGCUUAUGGAAAAGCGGCUGCUCAAAGUUGAGGACGAGCGCGAGCAGGACAUGGCGCUGUACAACAUGAAGCUAUUCGAAACGGAGCAGAAAAACUGCGACGACUACGUGGCCAAGAAGAUGCUCGAGAACGAAAUUUACAAAGUGACCAAGGACGCCCGUGAACGUGAAGACCUGGACAACCAAAUCGAGAAAUGCAUGUUUGGCGUAUUCGAGCGACUUCAUCAAGUUGAGCAAGAGAAUAUCCGACUGCGGGAAGCGCACGAACGAUCCAGGGCGAUAGCAACCACACGGGUGAAUAAUUUAACUUAAUGGGAUGGCGAAAUAAAUAUCAGGUCAGCGUCCUGGUCGCUGUCGGUGAACUUGAACGCUUCCAGGAUGCG